GAAUUUCCCAGUUUAGACAGACUUCACUGUGAGCUACGGGAGGGGAUGGGCCAAUACAAAAAGUGACUGAAGACUGAAGAGUCAGCCAGUCUAGAGAGCAAAUGAGUUAGAAGAACAUGCACAUAGGCUUGAAGGGCAGACGUUUUCUGACUUUUUUUUUUCCAGAAGCACCCAGAAGAGCCAUUACUUUGAGGACUAUUAUUUUGUUACAUCUGCCUUGAAUCUGGACACAUUAGUCAGUCAUAUUUCAGUACAGCUGUCAAGCUCUGACAGAAAACCUGGUGAAGUGUUUUGUUCACAGGAGAUAUCUUCACUGCUCGUGUCAGACUUGAAGCCAUGUCGGCUGACAGACUGAGCAACAUGUCAAAGGAGGUGAAGCCAGAGAGCGUGUCGCUGUGUCCUCUGGGCACGGCAGCUGCCCCUGAGCAGGAGCUGCUGUGUAUCUUUGGGACAGGGGACUUCGGGCGCUCUCUGGGCCAACGUCUGCUCCAGACUGGCUACAAGAUAGUGUACGGCAGCCGCAGACCUCACAGCUGUGCCCCCCUGCCUCAGGGAGCUCAGGUAACAAGCCAUGCGGCAGCAGCCCAGUCAGCCACGCUGGUCUUUGUUUGUAUUCACAGAGAACACUAUGAUUUCCUGGAGACACUUGCACCUCAACUCAAGGGGAAGAAGGUGCUGGUGGAUGUCAGCAACAAUCUCAAGAAGGAUCUAUACCCAGAGGCCAAUGCUGAGUAUCUUCAGAGGCUGAUCCCUGGAGCUCAUGUGGUGAAAGCUUUUAACACCUUGUCUGCCUGGGGCCUGCAGAAUGGACCCUCAGACGCCAGUAGACAGGUGUACCUGUGCGGAAACAGUGCUGAGGCAAAGCAGGGAGUAGCAACGGUGGCCACCAAACUGGGCUUCACUGUUCUGGAUAGAGGGUCUCUGUCUGCUGCCAGAGAGCUGGAGGACUUCCCCCUGCAGCUGUUCCCAGAAUGGAGGCUGCCAUUACGCCUGGCCAUUGGCCUAACUGCCUUCUUCUUCUUCUAUGUGGUCAUGAGAGAUGUUGUCUACACAUAUGUUGGACAGGGGAAAGAUAUCUCCUUCAGAAUCAUGGUGUCCAUGGCCAACAAGGUGUUUCCCAUUGUGUCUCUCAUCAUGUUGUCUCUGUGCUACCUGCCUGGUGUCAUAGCUGCUUUCCUUCAACUCUACAGAGGAACCAAAUACAAGCGUUUCCCUGACUGGCUGGAUCGCUGGAUGCUGUGCAGGAAACAGCUAGGACUGCUAGCACUUGGCUUUGCUUUUCUACACGUGCUUUACACUCUUAUCAUCCCCAUAAGACAUUAUGUGAGAUUCAAGAUUGCUGCAAGUACCAUCUCAAAGUUCAAGGCGAACCAAACAAUGGAGCUUGACAACACCCUAGCAUGGCGCACUGACUCAUACUUCUCUGUGGGGAUUCUGGGAUUUGGCCUGUAUGUCCUGUUGGGAAUAACCUCUCUCCCCUCUGUCAGCAAUGCUCUCAGCUGGAGAGAGUUCAGCUUCAUACAGUCUAAGCUGGGAUACCUGACGUUAUUCUUCUGCACCUUUCACACUUACCUGUAUGGCUGGAACAAGUUCCUUUCACCCAGUUACUACAAAUGGUACACGCCUCCAGCCUAUAUGCUCUGUCUGGUGGUGCCUACUGUGGUGAUAGUGCUCAAACUGUUGAUACUCCUGCCCUGUGUGGACCGCAGCCUCACCCGCAUUCGACGGGGUUGGGAGAGGACUGAUCCAGAGGAUGACAGCAAGAAUUUGCUGCUGACAUAGGACUAUUAAAGUUACAGAUGCAAAAACUAUGGUAUGAAAACAAAGCUGUGACAAAGUCAACUUGGUCAGUUUCUAUUUUUGCAAUUAUAUUGGAAUUGUUCCAUUUUGUAAACAAUCAUGUUACACAAAUGCAAUGGACCUAUAUAGAGUUUUAUAGACACAUAGACAUAGCAGUUGUAUACUGCAUUACAAUGCUCUGGUAAGGUAAUUUCUCAUUUUUUAAUUUUAUGUUUUAGCUUUUUAUAGCAGAGUUUCUCACCAACUUUGACAGUAAGCAUUUUAUAAUUAUUAGAUUUAC